AUGAUGAGAAAUGGACUUGAAUAGAUUUGUAAUUAGGCUACUAGUUUUUGGAAAUCACAACUCUUUCUAUAAUCAAAACAUGUUGAAGAGGCCUCUACGAAUAUUGGUUCAAAUAUCCUUGUGUAUGACUCAAUAUUUGAAGUAUCAGCUAAAAAAACUGAAGAUUUUCUCUUUCCAGAAGCACAAAAAUAAAACUAGAUUAACGAAAAAUGCGAAGAAGAAUUUGUUUACCCUGAAAUACAAAACUCUUAAUAACUUUAACUUGAGGAGAAUAGUCAAGAGGAGAAUAGUCAAGAGGAGAAGGAUAGUUUUUCUUGUGCUGAGAGUUAAAAUAGGAAAAAAGAAAAGAAAAAAUCAAGAACUCGAUCAAAAAAAUCAAGUAAACAUUUAUUUAAAUUAUAAGCUAAAUAAAGACUAACUAUAAGUCAAGAAGCCUUCAUUUUGGAGCAAACUAGAAAGGGAACUAAUCCUGCAGAUAUUGCUCUAUAAAUCCCCAGUGCAGCAUUCAAUUAAAUUAAGAAUCGCUUGAUGAAAAAACUAAAAUAUUUGAGUUAAAAUAACGAAUUUUCAUGCUAAAAUAUUGCUGAUCUGAUUGAGAGGAUAUAAAUACUAUAACAGUAAUGAAAAUAAUUAAAGUUAGAGAGGAAGACAUAGAUAACACUACGAAAAUAGAAGAGUUAAGAUAGCAUAUCCAAACAAUUGAGAACCACUUGAAUUCAACAAAGAAGCUGAUCUUAUAAAAAUAUAUGAUUUUAUAUCAACAAGAGCAAUGA